AUGGCUUUACCGAAGCAGCUGAAAUUCAUUAAUAUUUUUUUGGUACUUCUCAUAAUCUACGGUUCAUCUGAUGGAACUGAAAAUCAACAUGAGAUAUUUCUAAACCGACUGCUACAAGCUGUUCACAAUGAGCGUUCAGUGGAAACUUUGUUUUUACUACAUCAUAGUAAUUUGGCCAAUUGUUCGCUACAGGAUUGGAAUCCACCAAGAAUUCCAACUAUACGCUCAAAUGAACUGACUGUAUUUAAUGUGGAAAAGACUUUCAACCACAAUGCUUUGGCAUUGGUUUGUUUGAUGAAAAACUCUUAUAGAGAGAUUUUAAAUACACUGGCCAAAUCAUUUGAUUGCAUGCGGCAGGAGCGAAUAAUAUUAAUGAUUCACCGGAAAUCAGAUUCAAAAUUUAUCGAGGACAUCACCCAUGAAGUAAAGAAUCUACAAUUUCUGCAUUUGAUAGUGCUAAUUGUUCAGGAAAAAUACAAUGGACAAGUUUUCGCAUCUACUCUUCGUUUGCAAUCAUUCCCGGAACCACAUUUUAAGAGGAUUCGCAAUGUAUUUGCCAUUCAAAGGAUUUUUUACCGUCCCAUUAACUUUCACGGAAAGGUAUUAAAUGCAAUUCCAAACGAUAUUCCAAUAUUAUUUGUAGCUUUGAACGAAAUGUUCACAGAAUACGCACGAAGAUAUAACUCAACCCUACGAAUUCAAAAUCGAACUAUUAAGGAAGAUAUUGAAAUUACAGAAGAUAACUAUGACAUCGAUAUGAAGAUACAGCUGCACAAUAGUCAAAACUUUUUGCAUCACAUGAACAUCGCGAUGGACAUCGGCUCAAAUUCCCUGAUAAUUCUUGUACCUUGUGCAACGGAGUUAAGGGGCCUGGAUAUUUUCAAGGAGCUGGGAGUGCGAACUUUGACCUGGUUGGCCCUGCUUUUCUACAUCAUAUUCGUUCUAGUUGAGAUGCUCUUUGUGUUUAUAUCCAAUCGUUUUAAUGGCAGAAAUUUCACCAUGAGAUAUACCAACCCAUUGAUCAAUCUUCGUGCAGUUCGAGCUAUUUUGGGCCAAACUUCUCCCAUCUCCAAUCGAUACAGCCUAUCGAUUCAACACUUUUUCGUUUUUAUGAGCCUUUUUGGGACUCUCUUUGGUGGGUUCUUCGAUUGCAAGCUCAGAUCAUUUCUGACCAAAAGACCCUAUUACUCGCAAAUAGAGAACUUUUCUGAAUUGCGAAAAAGUGGAGUGACCGUCGUAGUGGAUCAUACAACUCGGCAGUUUAUUGAGCAAGAAAUUAAUGCCAAUUUUUUUAGAGACGAAGUUCCCAAUGUAAGGACGACCACAAUUCAAGAAUUAAUUAAUCACGUGUAUUCAUACGACAGGAAAUUUGCCUUUGUGGCUAAUUCAAUUCCUUGGCGUACUUUUAGAGAAGAAAUGAAAUCGAUUAAUCAAAAAAUCCUUUGUGACAGCAAGAAUCUGACCAUUCUUGAGAACGUGCCGCUAACUUUCUCGAUACGCAGAAAUGCGAUAUUUAGCCAUCACCUACGCAAUUUUAUUAUAAAUGCUGCUGAUUCGGGUAUGAUCACUUGCUGGUUUAAAAUGGCUGGCAAAGUAAUAAGAAAACACAUUAAGACAACUUUGCGUGAAUCUGAGCAGCAGCCGUCUCAUCUUCCACUGUCAUUUGAUCAUUUCAAAUGGCUGUGGGCUGUACUUUGCAUUGCCUACGUCAUGUCAUUCAUGGUUUUCGUAAUGGAAAUACUUUGGUCAAAAUAUCAAAGACGCACUAGAAGCGUAAGCAUUGUCUAA